GACAGUAGCAAACCUAAGCCAAACCUUUCGCCAGACGAGGAUCUCGUCAACGCCAAAUGUCAUAAAUUGCUUCCGCUGUGACGGGAGCAGCCCCCUUCCUACUAGAGUCUGAGGACUGACGAUCCCUUGCGAUUACCUUAUCACCAUUGACCUGGGCCAACGACCAAGCCCAUAGCUAGGAUGUCGUCUGGAUCCUUGAAAGAUGUCGUGAAGUCAAUCCAUAACCAGGUCUCAAGCGGUAUCCUUCCUCUGUCAAAUGACCUGAUCGACCACAUCCAAGCAUAUCUGGAUAAGCACCUACCGAUUGAAGAUGGCGACUCACAGAAGCUCCAAGAGGAGCUUCUGUCGAUUUGGCAAAAGCAAGCUCAGGAUAAGCCUGAACGCUACUCAAUCUUCAUCGCUAUUUUGCGGGAGUUAAUACCUGCCAUUAGGAGUGCAACUCAGUGGUUGCAAUGGUGGGAGAUGUUUGUAGUACCGGUACUGGGGAAUAUUGGGGACGGGAAGGGAUUGGCAAGAGAGACCCGGCAGCUUCUGCUCGACAUUUUGUUAUUUGAGGCCGACGAUGGUGACAGCGCGAGGAUCGAGGCAGUACGAGAGACCUGCACCAUGCUGUCAGAUAAAGUCUUGGGGGUAUGGCUUAAUCAAUCUAGAGUUGCGACAACCGAGGCAGACGCCAUGGCACACUAUCUUGACCAGCAAAUUAAAUCCCUUCUCUUAGCAUUUGGACAGAAGAGACCUCAGAUCCUCCUUACGGCUAUAGAUAAGUACUUUAUCAAACGAGAGCACCGUGGCCAAGUUUUGUCUCUUCUCAGCGAAUUUAUUCGCCAUGGCCCGCCUCAUUUACAUCUUCUCUUGCAAACCCCACUAUUCGAUAACCUUCUUCGGUGCCUACAAAUCGAUACCUCAACCACUGUUGUUGCUCUAGCAAUGACAGCUCUGACUAUGAUCUUACCACAUAUACCUGUCUCGACUGGGAAGCACCUCCCUUCGCUAUUCAAUAUUUACACCCGCAUGCUGUUUUGGGAAAGAGAAAGAGCCUUGUCCCCAAGAUUGAGGCUAGAUUCUAACGAACAAAAUGACAACCCCGAAUCAUCUGAGAAAGGACAGGAAGAGAAGGUUCCGUGGGAGAAGCUGUCGUAUUCCUUUCAAUCAGACGACGAGACAUUGCCCGAAUUGUUACAUUAUUUUACAUUCUUGUACGGGCUCUACCCUAUCAAUUUCAUGAGUUACAUUAGAAAGCCAAGCCGAUAUCUCAGACACGCCAACUUCCCAGGAGCAGAUGAUAUCGACGUGGAGCCGAACGAAAUUCGGAAGCGAUCUGAACCCUUCAGAGAGUUGCAUUUACUUCACCCCAACUUUUUCUCUCUAACUAUCGAGUCUGAACUUACGGAUGCCCAUAGAUGGAUGAAUAGCGCUGCAUCUGAUGUGGUCACCUUCUGCAUGUCUCUCUGUGUACCUGUCUAUCAUGGAUCGGGUAGCGCCCCUCCUAUGACAAGGUUUUCUAGUUUACCAAACCGCGACAGCAACCAAGAUAUUCCAACUCAGACGCUGCUUACCCAAACGGAUUCCGAAGAGGCACUGCUAGCUCAGCGGCGCUCACAUGAAACACCGAGUUCAGGGGGCGGCCCACCUGAAUUGAGCGCGCUGGGAAGAUUAACUUCGAGGGCAAAUCCUUCGGUAUCUUCUGAUGUCCACAUAGCGACGAAUCAAAUCCAAGAUAUACGUUCUGACAGCCCCGGGAUAUUAAACCAACGUGGAAUGUCGCCGCUGCACGAUAUUCUCAAUUCUCAGCAAUCACUCCACCGAGGUUUGCACCAGUCAUUGCCAAACGAAAGCUCCACCACUUUAUCUUCCGUGGGGGGAAAUACCGAUUCCUCAGCUAAUGUAGAUACAUAUCUGCAGUCUCUCGCCCAACUGCCUCCUCGCUCACCAUCAUUAAGGCCAUCUCUGGGAGACACCACCAACAUGGCGUUCCUCCGCCGCGAAAUUAUGCUCUUGCGUAAUGAUCUUAACUUUGAGCGCUAUCUCAAGCAGCAGCAUCUAUCGCACAUUGGCCAACUUCGCCGGAUGCAAGUCCGUGAAGCGACUGUCGAAGCUGAAACGCAAAAUCUCAUCAAUGCCAACAAGAUUUUGAAGGGCAAGCUCGAGGAGGCCAAGAAUCUCACUACGCAAACCAAGAAAGAGUCCGACAAGAGUAGAGCCCAAUCAAAGAAAUGGGAACAGGACCUAUCAGCGAAACUGCGGGCAAUAAAAGAAGAACAAAAGAAAUGGCUUCUUGAGGGCGAGCUCUUACGACGCGAUCUCCAAGAGUCGAAAGAAAACAGCGAGGAGCUAAAACAACUAGUUAUCAAAAGCGAGGCGCGCGAAAUGGAAUCAAGCCGGAAGCUCCAGGCGAUUAAAAUCGAACUUGACGACCUCGCUAAACUCCGUUCAGAUGUCGAUCGCUUGACUGAGCAUCUCCGCGAGUUCCAAAAUCAAGAGAGUGAGAUGGAGGAUGUCAAAGCACGUGAAAAUAUAGCGAAUUCGAAAAUCGAGCUUCUCAACAUGCAGCUCUCCGCACGCGAGGAAGAACUGCUCAAAACGAAACGGGCUAACGCAGCGGAGAUUCAGGACCUGAAACUCCAUAUGAAAGACGUCGCGCAGAACGCGCAUAGCACGGCGACUCAAAACUUUAAGAUGAUGCUUGAUAGUGCGCUAGCGGCGUCGAAGUUGCGACUUGCUGAGGUCCACAAAGCGCACACGCACCUCCUGAGGCGAUACACUAGUUUGCAGGAGGACUACUUGCGGCUACAAGAACAGCAUAGCACCCCCGGUCCUUUACUGGGCGAUUCCGACGAAAUCGAGAGCUUCGAGAGUCGUAGCCCCACCGAUACUCGAAAUAUGCCACAUAGGCAGCCGCGACGAGAUAGCGAGGACCCACAGAGGCUAGGUCAUCGAGGGGCCGAUGAUGGCAGUCGCCAACGCAGUUUUUCGCCUGAUGAACAGAGAAAGAUGUCAGCAGCCACGGGGUCUGUGAUGAUUCCGACAAGGACGGGCAGUAGUACCCAUUCUGAUCCAAGAUCACUGUUCAAAGGUGGUAGUUUGGACAAUGGUGCUGAAGCAGAGAUGCCAAAGCCUAGGCCUGAGCGUCGGGCAUAUGGACGAGGUGGCGUACAGAACUCUGGCUUGAAGGAACGGAAAGAAAAGGAGAAGAAGGAGAAGGAACGGAGAGAGAGUGAGGCAGAAUCAGGAUCGCAAAGUCCAACGCAUAACAAAAAGGACAAGAAAGGCGGAACCGGAGGAUUUAAAAGCAUUAAGGGGCUUGUGUCAAUGUAGGGAUGAUUAUAUGGUUAUGAUAGCCUCACGGCGGCGGGACUGGCGUUGAAUGGGAUAUUUGGACGCAAGGGAUGGAGAUAUGUUGGGAUAUAGGGGCCGGUAAAGAUAUCAUAUCGAGGGUUUUGGAGUCUAUGUUUUACGUAUAUAAUCAAAGCAAUCACUAUCUAUACUUGUAAUGCGAAAAAUACUGAUAUGCUGAAUUGUCAUGGUUUUUUUUUUGUGUAUAAUAUGUGAUAGAUAAUGCACUAUAGAAG